AUGUCCUCGCUACACGUACCGUUAUCGGAAAUACGCGAUGUCGUCAUGGACCUUGCCAAAGAAGCUGGCCAGAUUAUCUUGUCGGCAAAUCCUUCGGAGUUCGACAACAAGAAGAACACCGUCGAUAUCGUGACAGAAACGGACAAGGCUGUAGAGUCCCUCAUCUCAAGCGCCCUGAAAGCCAAAUAUCCCUCCUUCAAGUUCAUAGGAGAAGAGACGUACACACCAGGAACUACAAUUACCGAUGACCCGACUUUCAUCGUUGAUCCAAUCGACGGAACAUCCAAUUUCGUGCAUGGAUUCCCCGCAGUAUGUGUUUCCAUCGGCCUUGUGGUAGAGAAACAGCCAACUAUAGGUAUUGUUUACAACCCUUUUUUGGAUGAACUCUACACAGCAGUGAAAGGCUCCGGCGCGUUCGUCCAUCACGGGUCAAAGUCGCAAAAGCUGCCGCUCCGGAACAGCCCCUUGAGAGGGCUCGGUCCCGCAUGUAUCGGCAUCGAAUGGGGCAGCGAUCGCGAAGGCGUCAACUUCGAAUUGAAUUUGAAGGUUUUCACUACUCUAGCCAGAACCAAAGCCACUGGUGGUAGAAUCGCGGCCGGCCAGCAGGACAUGUUCUGGGAAUGUGGUUGUUGGGCAUGGGACGUUGCCGCAGCAUGGUGCAUCUUGAAUGAGGCUGGUGGCAUGAUCGUGGAUGGGCAUCCGGGGAACUGGUAUCCACCGAUCGAUAAUCGAAGAUAUCUAGCGGUUAGAGCAGCGCCUGCCGGUCAGAAAGAAAUUGUAGAACAGUUUUGGGGUAUCAUUGGCGAAGACAGGUCGACUUACGGACCAAGCUGA